AUGGCACAUCAGCAACGGGGGACCCCUAUCCGGACCCACGUACCACUUCCAGAGCUUCCUGGCUCACCUCAAAACCCCACAACUCGGCCCGGGAGCCAGGAAGCGGAAGACACGGCGAGCCGCCCCGAGCCCGAGGCUCCGACCGCCGAUUCGACAAAUGCCCUACGAGCUCAGCUGCGCCUCGUCAGUCAAAGGCUUGACGAGGUACAACAGGAAGUUCGUAAGUCAAAGGGAGAGCUCGGGGCGGACGGACACCAAGGAUCUCCGUUCACCCCCGAGAUACAAGAUCAGGCGAUCCCGCCGCACUUCCGCCUCACCUCGUUGGAUGCGUAUGACGGCGCCACCGACCCAGCAGACCACGUGGCCGCUUUUCGCGCCCAGAUGGCGCUAUUCGGGACUUCUGACGCCCUGAUGUGUAGGGUGUUCCCAACAACUCUACGAGGGCCGGCCCGCACAUGGUACAGCGGCCUGAAGCCAGGGACCGUCGCCUCCUUCGAUCAGCUCACCAAGGAUUUUGAGCUUAACUUCCUGGCGUACGCCCGACCAAAGCCGUCCAUGGCGUUGCUCCUCGGGCUCAACCAGAAGGAGGACGAGCCCCUCUCCCAUUUUGUGAACCGAUUUACGACACAAAUCCAUGGAUUGUCGGAUGCUCACCCCUCUCUCUUGAUGCAGGCAUUCAUGACAGGCCUGCGGCCCUCCAGGUUCUUCUGGUCGCUCGUGGAGCGGCCCCCCGCCGCGGUCCCCGAGAUGCUCCAACGUGCCAGUCUGUUUAUCGCUGUGGAGACUUGGAUGGCUGGAAAGCGAGAGGAGCACAAAAAGGUCAAGUCGGAGCCGCCCCGACAGCAACAACCCGCCGCUUCCCGGCGAAAGUUGGACAGACCGGACCCAAGGCCUCCUCUUCCCGCCUUGAAUUCAUCCCGAACUGAAAUAUUCCUACACGAGAAGGGGAAGGGGCUGCUCAAGGACCCUCACCCGAUGAGGAACCCGCGGGAGCUCGCAGACCGUUCAAGGUAUUGCCGAUUUCAUCGGCAGCACGGGCACGACACUGAGCAGUGCUACGAGUUGAAGAGGCAAAUCGAGGAGCUCAUCCUCAGAGGUCACCACGGCCGGUACCUCCGGCCGAACAAAGAGCAGUCGCCUUGCCCAGAGGGCCCCGUCGAGCAACACAUCGAUGUGAUAGCCGGGGGCCCCGCAUCAGGAGGAGGCUCCAUGUCGGGCAGGAAGGCGUAUGCCCGAGCCGCUCCCGACGAAGCCUCGGGACACGAGCCCGAGCCUAAGAUUACCUUCCCAACCGGAGCUGCCGAGCGACCCGACCACGACGACGCCUUGAUGAGGAGGAUCAUGGUCGACACGGGGAGCUCGGCCGACAUACUCUACUUCGACGCCUUCCAGAAGCUGGGCUUGGCCAGGGAGAAUCUGAGCCCGAUGUGCUCGGCACUCACCGGUUUCACGGGAGAUUCAAUAUCACCCCUGGGGGCUGUUACUUUGCCCUUGACUCUGGGGACCCCGCCAAAGUCGAAGACGGUGAUGACCACUUUCCUGGUGGUCGACCUUCCCACUGCUUACAAUGCCAUACUCGGUCGGCCGACCCUCAAUAAGGUCAGAGCCGUUGUCUCGACCUACUACCAGACCAUCAAAUUCCCAACCAGUGCUGGAGUCAGGGAAAUCACGGGAAGCCCCCGAGAGUCCAGGCGAUGCUACCUUACCGCCGUAUCAUUGGGCAGGAGAGCCAGGACCGAGGCGCCCCUGGAGGAUCCGCGGGAAACGAAAAAACCGACUCCUCAUCCCGAGCCGAGGGGAUCCACUGUCGACAUACCUUUGCGAGAAGCUCGGCCAGAACAGACGGUCAGGAUCGGAUCGGAGCUGCCCGAGCGGGAACGAGAGCAGCUCGUUGGUCUCCUGCGGGAAAAUGCCGACGUCUUCGCCUGGUCCCCAUCGGACAUGAUGGGUGUCGACCCAGAGGUCGUGGAGCAUCAUCUCAACAUCCCAUAUGACGCUCGCCCGGUGAAGCAAAAGCCCCGGCGCCAGACCCCUGACCGACAACGCGCCACACAAUAA